AUGGCGACACAACUAAUUCAGCAGAUACGUACAAUAUCAGAAUCACCUUCAACCAACAUUCAAUUGGAUCAAGUACGUUCAAAUAUCGAUAAUCAAUUUACCGAUCUUGAUCAUUUACUUUAUCCAUCUUCGGGACCGGGACCUGGACCUAGUAAGCGUAGGAAAAGGAAUUUGGAUGAAGAGAUUCAAUAUUGGGAAGAAAGGGAGAAGAGAUAUACAUCUGAAUUCGAAGAAACUAGUAAAUUACUUCCUGAUCAAAUUGAACAAACACAAUCACGUCUUCAAGUCUUAUUGAAUUCAGCACAAGAAUUGUCUUUGAAUAGAUAUUCAAUAGCGGAUAAAUUGUCUAAUCUAGUCUCUGACAUCUCCCAGACUUCCCAACGAGGUGGAGUUGAUAUCGAUAAAUCUAUAAAAGGAGAAGGAGUUACGAUACUUGAUCAACUUGAAUCACUUCAAAGUGAAUUAAAUAGACUGGAAGCUGGAUUAUCAUGGACAAGAGUUUUGGAACAGGUGAUCACUUUAAGUGAGACGACCCUGAACCCUUCUUCACAUAAACCAUCGCCUCUAGCUGCUCUACCACAUUACAGACAGCUCAAUGAUUUCGUCUUGAGAUUAUCAACUACCUUGCCUCCAGAGAUGGCAUUGGUGAACACGGCGAAAGAGAUCAAGGAAACAACGUGGAAAGGAUUAAAAGAUCUUAUGUCAGAAAACUUGCUCAAAGCUUGUGAACCCCUUGGAUGGCCCAAAAAAGUCACAUAUGAGACUAUCCCCGUCGAAGCUAGAAGGGACUUUGAAAGGUCAUAUCAAGACCUACUGUAUCUCCAAGCAGAGGGAGAGGAUCUACAUGGAGAUGAAAGACCAAGCCAUUGGUCUACUGGAAAAGGAUUAUAUCCAAUACAAGCUAUGAUACAUCCUAUAGAAUUGAGAUUCAAAUAUCAUUUCCAAGGGAAAAAAGGUACAAAUCGAGUUGACAAACCAGAAUGGGCUUUCGCUAAUAUUCUCGAUCAAAUAUAUGAGCAUCAAAAUUUCCUGUCAAGUUAUAUUCAACCUUUAACAUCAAAAUCAGGAUAUGAAAAUAUUGAUAUUAGAUCAGAAUUCACUUUGUUAUUGAUACCCGUCUUACUUUCUUUAUUGAAAUCCAGGAUACCACAUUUGAUUGAUCAUCCUGCUUUGUUGGCACAUACGAUAUAUCAAACUGUUAUAUUCGAUGAAGCUGUCAACGAAGGUGGAUUCGAACUUGAUUCCACAUCAAUAUACGAAGAUAGAGAAUGUCCACAAUGGGAAGGUCUUAGCGGUGUCAUUCUAAGAGAAGGUGAUUGGCUUCAAAAGUGGUUACAAGGUGAAAAGAAAUUCGCGGACAAUCAACUAAAUGAUAUAAUAUCAUCACCUGACGCUUGGAUCAUAAGUGAUGAACUUCCUGAAGGUGAAGAAGAGCAAUCAGGCGGAUUGAAACCUACCACCAGUGCGAGACAAGUGAAAGCUUUAAUUGAACAAAUUACAGACCGUUAUAUACCUUUACCCGAUUUGACAUAUAAAUUACCUUUCCUGCUAUCAAUCCAACUUCCUAUACUUCAAGCUUACCAGACUCGUAUAUCGGGUUCUCUCGAUGCGUUCGAGACUCUUUCAUCGGCAUUUGUCCGACAUGUGCCUGGUGCAUUGGCGGGUAAUACUCGAAGUGGGGUUCAUAUAGAUCAAGCGAAAUUGACUUCGGGUAAAAACGGUUUAGAAAGGUUGAUCAAAGCUUGGUUAUCUGGUAAAUGGGUAGAAGAAGGAAUGAGAAAAUGGGGGGAUGAUUUGUUUUUCGUCGAAAUGACUUCUGAUUUAGCAUCAUCUCAAACACUCAAAUUCAAAUACGCUUACGAUCCUCUCCUUCCACCUUUGAUCAGAUCAAUAUCAUCAACUAAACCCGACCCUUCGGUAUCCAUCUUCGACGUUCUAAUUGAUCGAUAUGAUACUCUUGCAUCAAGAGCUGAAGAUAUGAUUGUACGGUUAAUAACAGUCGAGACGGAAACGGACCUAAAACAUCAUUUGACAAGAAAAUGGGACCGACCGCCAUCGACCGAAACCACCGAAGCAUCAUCGUAUCUUGUAGCAGCAUUGACCACUUAUACCUCUCACCUGACCACUAUAUCCGAUACUCUACCUCCAAUAGUAAUCUCCAGGAUAUACCGAAAGGUAGUUGAUCAUCUAUCGAAUCAUAUACUCCAAAGAGGAGUUUAUGCAGGAUGGUCAAAAUUCACCGAACAUGGUGGGCUCGACUUAAAAUCAGAAGUGAGAGAAUGGAAAGAAAUCUCAUUCUCAAUUCUCUCAUCGUUCAGCAAUCUGGAUACACUGAUCGCAGUCGAUUUCCCUUGGAAGAAAUUAGAAGAUAUUUCGAAUAUAUUAGCUUUACCCUCAGGAACUGGAGAUGGUAAAGAUAUCACUUUCUCUCAAGCUAUGGCAAGUGCAUGGGGAGGUGAUUCUGGUUUCACAAGUUUCUGUGAGAGGUUGAAUGUGAAUUUGAGUAAAGAGGAAUUACAAGCUGUCCUAAGGAGAAGAGUGGAAUGCUGGAGGUAA